AUGAGCCGGCUGUUGCUGUUCCUCUUUCAUUUUCAGAGGACCAAUGACAUCACCGGACUGCCCCCCCCACCCCUGUCCCCUCUGGGGGGCCCCCCUCCCUCGGCGUACGCCAAUGGACCCCCAUCCCCUCGCUUCGGCCGGGACCCCCUGGCCUUACUGAGUGAGAUCAGUAAGUCAGUCAAGCCCCGGAUAGCCUCCUUCCGCAGCCUCCGAAGUCGAGGGACAGUGGCCACUGAGGAUUUCAGCCACCUGCCCCCUGAGCAGCGAAGAAAAAAGUUGAAACAGCAAUUGGAAGAACGAGGACGGGAGUUACAGAAGGAGAUAGAUCAGAGGGAGGCCCUCAAGAAGAUGAAGGAUGUUUACGAGAAGACGCCGCAGAUGGGCGACCCCGCCAGCCUGGAGCCCCGCAUCUCAGAGACCCUGGGCAACAUCGAGCGGCUGAAGCUCGAGCUUCACAAGUACGAGACGUGGCUGGCCGAGGCGGAGAACAGAGUUCUGGGGAACCGAGGGGACAGCCUGGGGCGGCACGGCCGUCCCCCCGAGCCCCCGGCUGUGGCUCCCCCAGACACAAACAACUGUUCUUCUGACAAGGAGAGCCCGGAGGCUCCCCCCUCGGACGAGGGGACGGACACGUCCAUCUACACAGAGUUUGAGGAGGACUUCGAGGAGGAGCCCGCCUUCCCCAUUGGUCACUGCGUCGCUGUCUACCAGUUUGAAGGGUCCAGUGAGGGCACCAUCUCCAUGGAUGAAGGCGAGGAUCUGUGCCUAAUGGAGGAGGACAAAGGCGAUGGGUGGACGAGGGUCCGGCGGAAACAGGGAGGUGAGGGCUACGUGCCCACCUCCUACCUCCGAGUUACACCCAGCUGAGCCCCUUUGCCAUCCCUGGGGCAGGUGGAUCCCUGAAUGGGGAGUCUGCCCUGCCCCCUUCUUUCCUCCUAGGGCCUGGCUGCUUUAGGACCCUGCCCAGGGGGCCGGGAGUGGGGCUGGGCCUGGCUGCCCCUCACUCCACACCAUAUAUGCACUUUAUUUCUGGGGUGGCCUGGGCUUCUGCUCCCCACAUGCUCCUCAGCCCAGAGUUCUAGCUGGGGCCCGUGUAAGCUCCGCCACUGGGCCCAGCCCCAUUGUGCCUCCUACACUCGAUGUAAAUACUUGUGCUCUGGCAAGUGCAGUUUUUUUUUUAAAAACAACAAAACAAAAACUUGUAUAAAUGGACUGUGUGUGGCCCCUGA